AUGACAAAGAACGAAAUCACAUCGCUCAAUGAGAAACGACUAGAAACAUUACACCACUAUGGCCCGGUAACUGCGCUCAGGAUUUUUGGUGAAAAUCACAUCUUGGUGGGCUACGGCCCCAUACUCCACAUCUACAAACUCGAGCAAAACCUCCACCACGACCAAAAAAUGGAGCUCAUAUUCAGCCGGCAAGUGUUUAAAAGAAGCAAGAUCCACAGCAUAUCAGUCAACCUCCAUACGAAGCUCGUGGUGCUAAGUGGAGCCAAGUCAUUUGCAAGUUUCAACUUUGAUGAUCUUCCUCAUGCACAGUUUAAAGAACGCGGAAUCCAUGAAUGGAUCAUCACGCUGAGUUCGUUAGACGACGGGACUAUCAUCUUGCUCAAUGCUUACAAUAUGGUCUACCAGAUUGGAACUGAUGGGAAAACCUUGGAAAACAAAAUUCAUUGCGGGGAGAAAUCAAUCUUGUACAGCGGAUCCAUCAAUCAUACUGCGAGCGGCAAAGUGGUUGUUGCUGCGGGCACCGUUAUGAACGGCGUGAUAUUAUGGGACUUGAACUCUCGUGAAAUCUUGCAUCGCUUGGUAGACCACGAAGGAUCGAUAUUUGGAGUCAAGAUGGACCCAAGUGGCAGAUAUAUCAUUUCAUGUUCUGAUGACCGAAGCAUCAAGUUGUAUGAAUUCGAGUCUGGCCAUUUAAUAGCGAGUGGAUGGGGCCACGGAAGCAGGAUAUGGGGGUUGGAGUUUUAUCGAGUGCUGGAUGAUGACCAUUUGGAGAUUAUGAGUAUUGGUGAAGAUUGCACGAUGCGCAUGUGGCGGUUUCACAGCGGCGAUGAGAGCCUAACCGAGAUUAAAUGCAUUGAGAAUUGUCAUAAAGGCAAACAUGUAUGGAGCGGUGACGUUUUGGCGCAAUUGGGGGUAUGCGUCACUGGUGGUGCCGACGGACGCGUGAGGCUACACGAUUUGAAGCUGGAGAACCAUGAAACUCGUCAAAUCACAUUGCUGGAAAUGAGCACCUCAGUGAAUAUUCAAUUCAAAAAAAGCGAUUUCAUUCGCGAUUAUUUCGAAUUGAGCAAAAAACUGAGCAAGUUUUUGGUGUGCUUGACAUCCAAUGGCCAUGUUGUCGUUUACGAUUACAAAACACUGGCGUUUGAACAUUUGGGAUUUUACCAAGCAUUGAAUGGAUUUGGAAUCGUGCAUGGAUUCGAGGAUAUAAGCACCGUGGUAGUCUCGAGCCGGACGGGGGAUUUGCUCUGCAUCACCUUCAACCACGACGGAGUGCCAUUGCACCACAAAUGGAUUGCAAAUUCCCAGGAAAUGAAGAUUACCAACAUGCUAACAUCCUCGCCAUGCGCCGGCAAGUAUUUUGUUUUACUAGAAUCGCCAAAUCCGCAAAUUCCUUUUAUUUGCAAAGAGUUUAGUAGCUUUGGUGAGGGCGACUUUAACCUUGUGCAGAUUUUGCACGUGCCGAAACCGACCAUGGGCAAUUUCCUGGUAACAGCCAUGACGAUUGACGCCAGAGGCUGGUUGAUACUCGCAUCCAAGAAAAUGUCCCUUGUUGUGGUGGACAUCCAUAACCUCCUGCGGUGUUUGUCGUUGAGGAAAAUCGCUCCAGGUGACACAGUCAGCUCAGUUUCCGUUAUUGACACGGGGGACAAUUUCAUGGACGCGUUGAUACUAGCGAGAGAUGGAACCUAUCUCAUUGCACGAUUCAGUGCGGAACACACUGGGUUUGCGUUUACCAUUCCCCAAGAGAACAAACUAACUCGAGGCUUCAUUGAAGGUGGAUACUUGGACCAGCAAAAGCAAUUAAUCUUGUACGGAUUUAAAUCUUCCUACUUUUAUCUUUGGAAUGAGACUAAGCAGGUUGAAAUCUUCAGUGAGCAUUGCGGAGGCAAUGGGCAUCGCCAUUUCCAUUUCCAAAGGACAACUCGCGAGGAGCGUUUCAGCUUUGUCUAUCUGUUCAAGAGCGACGUCUACAUUUGCUCGCAUCUUUCAAGAUUUGGCAAUGUGAACCAUGGCUUGAUCCAUGGUGGAGUCCAGGGACGCGAGAUUCGCGAUUUGAGCAUCCAAAGACGAGUGCUAGAUGACAACUCACGGUUAUUGGUCUCGUCAGCUGAGGACUCGACCAUCUUGUUGAGCAAAUUGUACCCCAAUGGCGAAGUUGACGGUAUAUGGAGUAUGAACAAUCACAUCUCGGGAAUGCAAAAAGUCGAGUUUUUAAACAAUGACUAUAUAUUGAGCUCAGCUGCCAACGAAGAGUUUUUCAUUUGGCAACUUCUGUGGUUCCAAAAUGUUCCAACCAUCAGGGAAAUUGCCAGGUUGAAAAGCGAUCAAGAAGUGCCGGAUUUGAGAGUAAUGGACUUUGACGCUGUUGAGCACCCAGACUCGAUAUUCAUCGUCACGGUGUUUUCAGAUUCCCAGAUUAAACUCUGGAACUUUGACAAGAGCAAGAAAACUUUCCAGUUGAUUAACCAGUGGUGCUAUUCCACGUGCUGUAUUUUGAAUUGCCAAAUUUUGGAAAUUGGAGACGGCGAGGAGUUGAAAAGAUGUUUGAUGAUUGGAACUACGGAUGGAUUUGUCACCACAUGGAACAUCACCGAUCCAACUCAUGCCGAGUUGCAGAGUACGGAGCAACUCCACCACAGUGGAGUCAAGGCCACAUGUUUGAUCCCGGGGGACAAUACCACGUAUUUGGUCACUGGCGGGGACGAUAACGUGUUGGCUUUAAGCAAGAUCAACGAGGACUUGACAAUCACGCCGCUCACGCACGAAAUAAAUGCCGCUUCAGCUACAAUCACUUCCAUUGCGCCCGUAUCCAGAAAAAGGAGUGAAUUUGUUGUGGUCUCAGUGGAUCAAAUCGUUCGCGUGUGGUCACUCCAAGAUGAAAAGUUGGUUUGUCACACUGCCAAAUAUACUACUGUGGCUGAUACGGGAUGCUGUGAUGUGGUUGAUGAUUUGUUGGUUGUGGGUGGCUCGGGGUUGACUGUAGAGAGAAUCGGCGUAUAG